AAUGCUUGUCGCCUACUCCUUUUAGUUUCCACUCUCUAACAGCUUCUUUUAAACUCUUUUCCCAGAGAGAAAAUAGAGAAAUCCAGAGCUCACAGCCUCACAAGUUACAACCUUUUCACGGAGAUAGCUCUGUUUCUUUCUGGGUAAAUGGAGAGACACAGAUGUAAACUCUGCUUCAAGAGCUUUUCUAAUGGAAGAGCUUUAGGCGGUCACAUGAGGUCUCAUAUGUUGAAUCUUCCAAUUACUACAAAACCAGAAGAAGAAGAGGAAGAAGAGGAAGAAGAAGAAGAAGAGGAAGAAGAAGAAGACACACCCAUUCAACUCGGUGAAGAUACCGAGUCAGCUUCAUCUUCUUCUUCAUCUUCAUCUUCAGAGGAAGAAGCGGAAGCAGAGGGAGAAGACAAGGGUCUUUCUUAUGGAUUAAGGGAGAACCCCAAGAGAAGUAUUAGAUUGGUAGAUCCUGAGUUCUCGUUUGCUGUGGAUGCUGCGUCUGUUGUUCUUCAGGACAGAGAAAGCGAGACCGAAUCGUCCAAGAACCCUACUCGGAGACGUUCCAAACGGAACCGGAAAUUGUUAGAGCAUCAAUAUCAUCACCACCAACAAAGACAAGAGCAAGAGAACAACAUAAAGAAGCUUAAUUUUAAUAAAUUUAGUAAAGCCGAUUCGUGGGCGGAAGCUGAACCCGUGAGUUCAAUCUCCGACACCACCACAGAGGAAGAUGUCGCUUUCUGCCUUAUGAUGCUUUCAAGGGACAAAUGGAAGAGAGUGGUACAACAAAACCAGCGAGAACAAGAUGAGGAAGCAGAAACUGAAAAGUCCAUUGAGGAAACAGAUGAAUCAGAGGAGUUCAAAUCUUGCAAGGCAAGAACUAAAGGCAAGUACAGGUGCGAAACAUGUAAGAAAGUAUUUAAAUCGUAUCAAGCUUUGGGCGGACACAGAGCUAGUCACAAGAAACUCAAACUUUACACACCAGCUAAAGAACUAAACUUGGGGCCACAGAAUGCAGGAACUUCAACGUCUGCGGCAGAGAAGAAAGUUCAUGAAUGUCCAUAUUGUUUCAGAGUAUUUUCAUCUGGGCAAGCUCUGGGUGGUCACAAGAGAACUCAUGUAACUGGUGUAGCAGCAACUCCGGCUAGAAGUUCUUCAAAGAUCGAAGACAACUUGAAUUUAAUAGAUCUUAAUCUUCCAGCUCCAGUUGAUGAUGAUGAUCUUAGCCAAAUCGAGCUAUCUGCGGUAUCCGAUGCAGAAUUUGUCAACCACAUCAAGAGGUGAGUGUUUGCUUACUCUGCUAUGAUAUUCGAAAAAGAAGGUUCGAUCCAAAAGUAAAAACAAAAACAAAGCAAAAAAGAAGAAGAAGAAGAAGCUUUUGGCUACUUUUGCGUUUUGGGAUCUAAAAUCAAGCGAAUUUGUUAGUUUCAAUUAAAUUAUAUGGUUCCUAUUGAUUUAUCUAUAGACUAUUUCUUGGUUCGGAUUCCGACUGUAAUUCAUUUCUUAGUUCUUCUCU